UUCGCAACCACUUUCUUUUCAUCUCUCCUUCUCUCCUUCUCUCCAGCUGAAGGAUCCAGUGCCAGCCAACUUGGCUCCCACUAGCCGAUCCUAUCGAAUCCCGAUCUCCUUAUCAGACACGCCCGUCAGCCACGUCGACAGCCUCGAUCCUUCGCAGCCGCAAGGUUGGAGAAUACGACAGACAGGAGAACCAUCCACCGGCGAAAAGCACCAUGAUGGCGCUCAACAGCUCCGCGGACGGUUCGGAGCGUCGUGGUUUUCGACUGCCCAAUCCUCCGCCCCUCCUGCACACACGAUCGGGAAACGAUCCCGUAGACCGUCCCUCAACUCCCAUCCACAACAGCGCCAGACACGCGUUCACCAGCCCGGUUCAGACCCCGCAGGGCAGUCCCAGCAAGAAUCGGGCGCCUCCGGGAGCAAUUGACCUGCCCAGCGCCUUCGACAAGGCCCUAAAAUUGGCCCCCUCUACCCCCACCAAGCCGGCUCUUAACCACUCUUCCUUUUCCCCGUCGAAGAGCGGCCGCUCCGGCUCCGACGACCUGAAUUUCAAUGAAAGCGUGAUUCACCAGCCUUCCUCGACCCCGGCGCGUAAGGCAAACAAGGAGAACAGGCCUCCGAGCCCCACGCGUCUCGACAAGGAUUUGGGGUUGGGUAUCAAUGCGGCAGCCAUCUCGCGUCGGGAACCAUACCAGUCUCGUGACGAGACGCUUCAGAGACGACAGGUUCACCUGCACGGCUUGACACCAGAAGAGCUGGAGAAGCUCCAGACACCUAGUGUCAAGCGUCUUGUCAAUGUGACCCAACUAUACUUCCUCGAUUAUUACUUUGACCUGCUCAGUUACGUCCAUAACCGACAAAACCGCCUUGUCCAGUUCAAAGCCGCAUAUCCAGAUCCUCCCGAAACCCCGAUCGAUGAAUACGAACCCGCCCUUCUCAAAUACCUUGGCCGUGAACGCGCCCAUCUGCGGAAACGUCGCACCCGCCUACGGCAGCAUGACUUCCAGAUCUUGACCCAGGUGGGCCAGGGCGGUUAUGGACAGGUGUAUCUGGCGCAGAAGAAGGACACUCGCGAAGUCUGCGCGUUGAAGGUGAUGAGCAAGAAAUUAUUAUUCAAACUGGAUGAGAUCCGACACAUCUUGACCGAGCGCGACAUCUUAACUGCGGCGAAGAGCGAAUGGCUGGUUAAGCUGCUCUACGCCUUCCAGGAUGACAAUUCCAUCUAUCUGGCCAUGGAGUAUGUUCCAGGCGGUGACUUCCGUACGUUGCUCAACAACACUGGUGUUCUGCACAACCGUCAUGCCCGCUUCUAUGUCGCGGAGAUGUUCUGCUGCGUCGAUGCGCUGCAUGUCCUCGGUUACAUCCACCGGGACCUUAAGCCGGAGAACUUCCUGAUCGACUCGACUGGCCAUGUGAAGCUGACGGAUUUCGGUCUAGCGGCGGGGAUGCUGAAUCCUGGUAAGAUCGAGUCCAUGCGGGUGAAACUGGAGGAGGUGGGAAACACCCCCGUGCCGUUUGGUCGACCAAUGGAGAAGAGAACAAUGGCGGAGAGGCGUGAGGGCUAUCAAUCUCUCCGAAAGCGAGAGGUCAACUAUGCCAAGUCCAUUGUCGGAUCGCCCGAUUACAUGGCCCCGGAAGUCCUGAAGGGAGAACAGUAUGACUUCACCGUCGAUUAUUGGAGUUUGGGUUGCAUGCUUUUCGAGGCGUUAGCGGGAUACCCACCGUUUGCCGGUGCCACCGUUGACGAAACCUGGCAGAAUCUUAAGAACUGGAAGAGAGUGCUUCACAAGCCCGUGUAUGAGGAUCCGAAUUACUUCCUCUCGCGACGGACAUGGGAUCUCAUCACCAAGCUGGUCGCAUCGAAGGAGCAGCGAUUCAAGAAUAUCCACGAAAUUCACAACCACGAGUACUUUAACGAAGUUGAUUUCACGAAGCUCCGAGAACAGCGUGCGCCGUUUGUGCCUGAUUUGGAUUCCGAGACGGACGCUGGAUACUUUGACGAUUUCACCAACGACGCGGACAUGGCUAAGUAUAAGGAAGUGCACGACAAGCAACGAGCAUUGGAAGAGAUGGCCGAUCGGGAUGAGAAGAUGAGUAAGGGAUUAUUCGUCGGAUUUACAUUCCGUCACCGCAAACCCGCGAUGGACGGAGGACGAACUUCGCCUAGGAAGCCGAUUGCAACUGAUGGGACGUUUGGAACGAUAUUUUAAGUGCUGCAUUCUUACAUGACCCUUUGUUUUCUUGAUUUGUCUUUUUUUUUUUUUUUUUUUAACUUUCGGGUCUUUUUCCUUCCACCCACGAGCUGGCUCGACUUACUUUUCUCGUUCUAGACGGGUUUCUCGGCCCAUUGGAUUCCUUUCUUUUUCGAAUGUUGUUUUUACAGGUCCUCUUUCACCCUGUGGCUGACAGGGCAUCAUUGUAUGUGUGCAUUCUGGUUAUGUCUGUGUCGGUUGUCCGGAUGCUUAUGGGUUGGUGCAUGGCACAGCGCUGCUGGUGUUUCCGGCAGGCGUUCAUGGCGAAUAAUUAUUGUAUGAUACAGAAAAUGGCAUGAGUAAAAGCAUCUGCUUGAUGCGCAUAUCCUUGUUCUGACAUUCUAGACGGAAUACGAGUCUGAUCUGGAUGAGGUCUCCGG